AUGCGCACAGUGGUGCAGAUCCACAACUCGGAGCCCGAGGGAGAUAUCCUGCUCUUCCUGACCGGUGAGGAGGAGAUCGAGCAAGCUUGCCGUCAGCUGCGGAAGGAGAGCUCCAGGAACCCGGAGAAUGGCGAGCUGGUGUCCGUGCCUUUGUACUCCUCCCUGCCGCCGCUGCAGCAGCAGCGCAUCUUCGAGCCGCCUCCAGGGCCGCGCUUCCCCGGGGGUCCACCCGGCAGGAAAGUGGUCGUGGCGACCAACAUUGCUGAGACAUCCAUCACUAUUGAUGGAAUUGUCUAUGUGGUGGACCCCGGCUUCGCGAAGCAGAAGGUCUACAACCCGCGAAUCCGAGUGGAGUCGCUCCUGGUCUCCCCGGUGUCCAAGGCAUCAGCUGCACAGCGCGCCGGGCGUGCCGGCCGCACACGGCCAGGGAAGUGCUUCCGUCUGUACACGGAGAAGGCUUUCACCACAGAGCUUGCCGAGCAAACCUAUCCAGAGAUCCUACGGUCCAACCUGGGUGUUGUGGUGCUGACCCUCAAGAAGCUGGGAAUCGACGACCUGGUCCACUUCGACUUCCUAGAUCCUCCCGCACCAGAAACCAUGAUGCGAGCGUUGGAGAUGUUGAACUUCCUGAAUCAUCUUAACGAUGAUGGGGAUCUCACAGAUGCCGGAGACCAAGCCGCAGAAUUCCCGCUGGACCCGCAGCUGGCGAAGAUGCUCAUCGACUCGCCCAAGUUUAAGUGCAGCAACGAGAUGCUGUCCAUCUCCGCCAUGCUUUCCGUGCCCAACGUUUUCGUCAGACCGAAGGAAUUCGGCAAAGAAGCUGACGAUGCAAAAGGCCGCUUCACACACUUGGAUGGAGACCACCUCACCCUCCUCAACGUCUUCCAUGCGUACAAGCAGUAUCUCACGGAGGGCGCAGAUCCAACACAGUUCUGCUUCGACAACUACAUCAACGCGAGGUCCAUGAAGUCUGCGGAGAACGUGCGCGAGCAGCUCAAGCGAACCAUGGAGCGCUUGAAUCUGCAGAUGCUCAGCACGGACUUCAGAGACAAGGAAUACUAUCCCAACAUCAGACGCUGCCUGGUGGCCGGCUAUUUCAUGCAGGUUGCCCACCUCGAGAAGAGCAACCACUACCUGACUGUCAGAGACAACCAGGUUGUGGCUUUGCAUCCUUCCACGGGCAUCACGCACAAGCCGGAAUGGGUGCUCUACCACGAGUUCGUGCUGACGUCGAAAAACUUCAUCCGAACUGUGACCCAGGUGAGAGGCGAAUGGCUCUUAGAGAUUGCGCCGAGCUAUUACGAUGUCAGGAACUUCCCGAAGUCCGAGGCACGAAACCAGCUGGAGCGGCUGCAGGCUCCACCCAGUUUUUGA